GACCGCCGGCCGCCCCCAGAUACGCUUCUCAGCGCUCUCUACUCUCUCGCAGCCAAGGCACAGAUGGCGAUGUCUACGGCAGUGAAGGCAGUGCUGUUGCUGGUGGUGGCUCUGGCCGCAACCUGCUGGGCGCGCGCUGAGCCCCUGGGACAGCAGCCCAGCGACAAGGCCCGCUUGCUCAACGAGCUCGACUUGGUGGACGACGACGGCUCCAUCGAGACAGCGCUCAUCAACUACCUGUUCGCCAAGCAGGUGGUGAACCGGCUGCGCGCGCAGAUGGACGUCAGCGACCUGCAGCGCAAGCGCUCCUACUGGAAGCAGUGCGCCUUCAACGCCGUCUCCUGCUUCGGCAAGUAGGCGGGCGGAGCGCGUCGACACCGCAGCUACCCUCUGCCACCGCCACCAUCUCCCAGACAACGGCAACGCGCCGGCGCACUGAAGACGCUCCUCUGUCACUCCACGGGGGGCGACCUCCGCAGCCCCAGUAGUCCAGCCU